ACAAUUAUGCUAGCUUUCAAAGCUAUCUUGGCCCUGAUACUGGCCACUUCAAUUGCCAUCGCCGAUAGUCUAAGAGACAUUGAACAUGUGGUGAUUUUCAUGCAGGAGAACCGUUCCUGGGAUUGUUACUUUGGUACCAUGUCCGGUGUUCGCGGGUUCAAUGAUCCCAAUGUCCAGGCUAACGAUGACGGGAAGUCUGUCUGGCACCAGAAAGUCGAUCCUGAUAUGUCUUCCGAGGCAGACACCCUGCUACCGUGGUAUCUGGGAUAUCAAGGUGGACAAACUCUUGAUGGUAUUCAGUGCAUUUCAGCUGGUGACAAUAGCUACUUCGCUAACCAGGCUGCCUACCACUACGGUGAAAACAAUCACUGGGCCCGCAACAAUACUCCGUGGAGCUGGGCUUACUACAAGCGCCAGGAUAUUCCCGUCCAAUUUGCUAUAGCUGAGGGCUGGACCGCGGGUGAUAUGUACCAGGAAUCACAAAUUACUUCUACAAACCCAAACUGUGUGACCUUGGUUAGCGGCUCCAUCAAUGUUCCCGGAAGUCCCCAGCAAAAGGAUCAAGGUGGUGUUUAUAUCGACAACAGAGAAAUUCCAGGUUGCGAUAGCCAUGGCGCCAGUUGCUAUCCCCUUUCUUGGAAGACUAUCUAUGAGUUUUACGAGGAGGCAGGAGUCUCAUGGCAGGUUUACCAAGACUCGGAUAAUUUCGAUGACAACCCACUUGCGUGGUUCCGCCAAUUUCAAAACGCGGAUCCGUCUUCUUCUCUAUACCAGAAAGGUAUGGCCUUUUUGGGAUUAGGAGCCUUUUACGAGGCCGCAGUGACCGGUAAUCUACCAGCGGUGAGCUUCAUCGUUGGUCCACAGGAGCUAUCAGAGCACCCUCCUUGGAUGCCCAGCGACGGGGCUUGGCUGCAGAAGAAAGUUGUGGAUGCCGUUACCAGCAGCCCCAAGUACUCUUCGACUCUGUUAAUGAUCAGCUUUGAUGAAACCGGUGGUUUUGGCGACCAUGUUACACCAUUCCACGCCCCUCAAGGCACUCAAGGUGAAUGGAUGGAAGAUCCUUUCGGAAUUUUCGGUGAAGUCUUUUCUGGACCAGGUUUCCGUGUGCCUUUCGUGAUGGUCUCACCCUGGACUCGAGGCAACCGGGUCUUCACCGAGCGCUCAGAUCACAACUCUCAGAUCCUAUUUCUUGAGAAGUGGCUCACGGCUCGAGGAUACAAGAAUAUCCAGACAGAUCAAAUGGUGCACUGGCGCCGAGAGCACAUGUCCGACUUGGUCAAUGCUCUGGACCUUGAACAUCCUGACCUCUCCAUCCCUGAUAUUCCAGAUGCCGAGACCCCUCGUCGUAAUGAUAGGGGCGGCUAUGUUGGGACCGGCGAAUGCUUACACCGUCACAGCAAUCCCCGACCCCCUGUCCCGUAUGGCAAUCAAGACGAUGCGAACAACACCAUGUUCUUUGAAGAUGGCUUCAAGGAAGUUGUCGGCUACCUGACUGAGGGUCGUUGUCUCGUUUUCGAGAAGGAAGGUAAAGUCUUGACCAUUCCCAGCUCGGAGGAUGCGGAUCAGUAUAUCAGAAUGGACUACGAUGCCAAUGGCCACAAAGAAAAGGCCCAUCGUUGGGUAAUUCACUACCACAAUGGAGAAGAGAGCGGACUUUUUACAAUCUCCAGUGCCGUUGAUGGACAAUGGAUCUGUGGCGACGGUCACACUGCCGGUUCUGACAACCCUGGUACGGCGGAGCGGAUCCGAAUCACCUUCCUGGGAAAUGGCGAUGGGUACGAUCUCCAGUAUGCUCGUACUGGUCAGCACAUCACUACUGGUUAUGAUGGUAACCUGAUGCUGGCCGACUCCAAGUCGGUUCCAGAACGGGGCUUCAAGAUUUACAGCGUCACCUAUCACAAUUAG